GGAGGAAUUCAUUGUUUCUGAAUAGCUCCUGACACAAAAGGCUAGGAAAUUGGGCCUUUUCUGCAUUUCAAAAUCCUACCUGCAGGCGAGCAGUUUACAGGUGAAGAGGCUCUGUUGGUGGCUUUAAAAGCAUUUUCUCCUGAUGCCACUGUGAUUUCUCCCGGACUCUUCUGAGGAAGGACUCCAGAGGAGGAAGUGAAAGAAGAAAUGGCCAGUUCUCAGGCACUGCUGACAUUCAGGGAUGUGGCCAUAGAGUUCUCCCAGGAGGAGUGGGGAUGCCUGAACCACACUCAGCGGGAACUGUACAGGGAUGUGAUGUUAGAGAACUACGGACACCUCCUCUUCCUGGGUCUCAUUGUGUCAAAGCCUGAUUUGGUCUCCUUUUUGGAGCAAACGAAGGACCCUUGGGAUGGGAAGAGAAAGAAGACAGUAGCCUUUCAUCCAGGGAUUUUAAGAAGAGUUUGCAUGAGGGCGCCUGGCUGGCUCAGUCGUUGAGUGUCUGCCUUCGGCUCAGGUCACGUCACGAUCCCGGAGUCCUGGGAUCGAGUCCCGCAUCGGGCUCCCUGCUCGGCGGGAAGC